AUGUUCUCGUUCAAGACGAUCUCUUUCGCCGCCACCGUGGCUCUCGCGUCCUUCGCGUCUGCGGGCCCCGUCCCCUUGCCGGGCUUCGCUGCCGUUCCUAACGGCGCUGGCUCUGCUGUCUCCAGCACCGCCAUUGCCGCUGCUUCUGGCGCGCCCUCAUCUGCCGUUGCUGUUGCCUCUGGCGCGUCCUCCGUGGCCCGGGCUGCUGCGUCCAGCGCGCCUGCCACCAAGGUCGCCGCUGUGACCAGCUCCGUCCCGACCCCCUCUGCUCGUGCCCUCGUCGCGGCUAACGCCGACGCGGACGCCAACGUCGCUGUUGGUCGUGAUCUGCUUGACUUGGAGGCGGACGCGGAUGCCGACGUUGAGGUCGGCCGUCGCAACGACCAGUCCCUGCUCGGUCUUGUCGAUCAGGCCAUCGUCGACCUGACUGAGACCUGCCAGGCUCUGCUCUACCUUCAGCCCGCGAACGCCACCGAGAAGGCUGUCUCUGACCUCCUUUGCGACGUCAAGCAGAUCCUCGGCGACCUCCUCGACGAUGUGAAGGGCCUCACCGGUCUCGACGCGUCUGGUCUCCUCGGCGAUGUUACGGAUGUCAACGCUGUCGGCAGCAUUGUCGCUGACCUCCUCAAGCUCGUCUUCACUGCUCUCGGUGGCGUCCUCAACGUCCUCGGCAGCGCGCCCGCCGAUGUCAUCUCGCACCUGCUCCAGGACAUCUGCGUCAUCAUCGCCGACUUGCUGAAGACCAUCUUCGCACUCGUUGAUGGUGUCCUCGGCCUCGUUGGUGGCCUGCUCGGUGUCGUUGUCGGCCUCCUCGGCGACAUCCUCCCGAUCGUCCUCCAGCUCAACGUCAGCGUCCUCAUCCAGGUCCUGGCGCUCUAA